AUGGCCGAGGAGGAGAAUGCACGCUUGCGUCGGGAGUUGGAGGAUGCAUUGGCGCGUGCCGCCGAAGAGCGGGCGGGACGGGAAGAAGCGUUGGCGCGUGCUGCUGCGUCGGAUGCGCGCGCCGCAGCCACAGCGUCGGUCCUAUGCGUGGCGGACGGGCGCCUCGGCACCGUCCCCGACCUCCGGGCGUUCAUGGCUGCGUACGUCCGCGACGUGUGGCCGGCCGCGCCCGACGAGCUCGACGCCGCCGUCGCUGCUGCACUCGCCGAGUAUGUCCCGAGCGAGCGUAGCGCGAACGAGUCGGCCGAGUUCAGCUCGCACUCGAGCUCGAGCCAGCGCGGGCUCCGGUUCUCUGCGUUCCGGCGGCACCUGGAGGACGAUGUUGUCGUCAAACUCGUGCGAAGCGACGUGAUGAGCCUCCUCGGCGGAGCAGUGGCCGGCGCGCUCGGGGCCGGCGUCGCCGACACGCUUGUGGCCGACCUCGAGCUCGCCCGCUCGUUCCUCGUCGUCGAACGAGCGCGUCAGCGCGCGGUAGCCGAGGCGGCGGGGGCAAGCAGCUCGUCGGCGGCAGUCUCGGAGGACUCGGUGGUCUUCUACGUCGCGCAGUGGUGGCUCGGGCAAGCGGCGGGCGCGGUGGCCGACGCGUGGCAGGUCUUUGACGGGCGCGGCGCCGAGGUCUCGGUGACGGUGCCCGUCACGGACCGCACGGCGCGGAGCUACACGGGCAAGACGGACGUCUUUGUGGGGCUCGGCGCAGCGAGCGCCGACGCCGACGCCGCAGUCGAGGUCGAGCUUGGUCUCUGGUUUCUCGCCGAGCUCAAGCGGCCGUUCGACCGGCUGGCGGGCGGGGGCGGGAGCGCCAAGGACCAGCUCCUCCUCGAGGUUGCGGCGUACGCGACGUCGCGGGAGGCAUCACGCGCCGAGGAGGCUCCGUGGCGUCCGAUGGUCGGCGUCGUGACCGACCUCUUCCGCGUCAACGUGGCGUUCGACCUCCCCGACUCGGCGUGGGACGACGGGCCGUGGCAGCUGGGGCUGGGCACGCGCGUGGUGACGCCGGCGGCCGAGUACGUGCGCGUCGUGUUGGGCGCGCUGGUCCUCGCGUACUGGGACGACGUCAGCGAGGGCGUGCGGGCGGCAGCCUCUGCUGAAGGGGCGGCGUCCGUGAGCGCUUGGGUGGAGCGCCUCGUGGCGGACGAGGACGUCGACGUCUUUGCGAGCGAGGAAGGCUCGUCUGAUGAUGAGACAGAGGCUGAUGACACGACACCCCGGCCACGGCGCGCGCUCCGGUCGGGCGCGGCGCGGUCGAGCGCCGCGCCGACGGCUGCGUCGAGCAGCGCCUCGUCGUCGUCGCACGGCUCUGGUGCGCGCGCAAGCCAGGGGAGCGUGGAAAAGCGCUUUCAGCGCGUCGCCGCGACGCGCGAGGCCUUGCUCGAGAUCGUGGGUAACACGGUGGCGAGCCGGUAA